UGUCGGAGGGGGGAGGCCGCUGGAAGAACCAGCCAAAGAGGUCACGUUUGAUUGACAAGCAGUGUAUAUUCGAUUUCAGACAAGCAUUUCUCGUGGAUUUUGAACGUAUUGGAGGUAUAUUUACAUGUGAAAGCCUAUAUACCCAGCCUUGUAGUGUUCCCGGCACCAUCACCGAUGUUAUGUUUAUGAGCAAUGCCUGCGGGUGGCGACACCUACGAUGACCAUACCCUGAUGCAGUCAUACCAGCUGCAGACCAAUGAAUCUUUCAACGUUGCGGAUGAAUCUGCAGCCAGUAUUCUGAAAUCUGUGAAGGCACAGGAGGCACAGUUUGAACGUCUGACAAGAGAAUUAGAAGUAGAGAGAGAGAGCGUAGCUCACCAGCUGAAUCAGCAUAGACUAGGUAGUGACUCUGGAAGCAUGACGAGUGCGGACGACUCGUACAUGUGGCGAGGGCAGCCCUCGUCCCAGCAGACGUCGUACUACGAGGAUGACCCAAGUCACUUGGCAGACACCUCGAAAAUGAGCUCGCAUCUAUUGGACUCUUGUCUGCGAGAACUGGAGGACCGAGGAACACUGAACACUGGGUACGUGCGUGAGGACGGUAGGAUGGACUACAUCCACGAAGACCAAUACAGUGGACACUACAACUCCAGUCCUGGGAUGGGCUACGGAGGCGGGGGCAACUAUGGCAACCCAAACAUGUCAUAUGACCGAGAAGUCUCCCCCCAUGGUUCCCAUGUAUCCUUGCAGAGUGCUGGCAGCAACCGGGGACGUCCCGCUAAAGUGCCCACAGUGUCCCGUAUCAUCACAAGCGAGGAGCUCGGACCCAGAGGAUCGCUGAGUUCCCUGCCACAGGAACAGCAGAACGGCAACUAUGCCACGUACCAGUCAAUCAGCCGGCCAGGAGAGGGGAUCCGUGGAUCACCACUCCCUAGUCAGCAUCCCCGAGAGGCUUUGACCCUAGGUUUUCGUCCGAGUCAUCUUCCUGAACACUUCCCCUCAGCUCCUGCUCACUACGGCAGUUCGCCGCGGGGCAGCGUCGCACGUUAUAGCAACGACUCCCCAAACACUGAUAAUUACGACGGCUAUGUGCACAGAGAUCAGUACCCAGGCAGUAGAGGCAGUUACAACACGCCAUCAGAAUCGGGCGCCCUGUACCGAGGCGGACAACCCACCUAUGGGGAUUAUGAUGACCGCUACCCCGAGCCAGCCCUGCCGUCAGACCCGUACAGAGAUAUUCCACUGGAUGAUUCCCGGCAUCAGGCCUCACCUCACGGAGACCCCUACAAUGGAGGUCAUCCAGAUGACAUCAACAGAUCAUACGGAGAUCCCCAUUACCGAGAUCAGCCUUACGAUGAUGAUGGUUACCGAGGACCUCCACGAUAUGAUGAACAUGAUGCACCACGAGAUGCAGAUCCUCAUUAUGGAGGCCACCCUGACGACUCAUUCAGAGGGCCCCCGGAGGAACCAGGAUACCGGAAUAGUUACCAGGAUCCUCCGUAUGACUCCUACGGAUCUCGACCAGGAGAAGAUUAUGGACAUAUUCCAGAAACAGGAAAUGAGCCUCAAUAUAGAGGCAGCUAUCAAGGUCAUCCAGAUGACCCAAGUGCUGACCCCAACGACCCUCGGUACAGGGAGAGCUACCAGAACAAUCCAGAGGAUCCGUAUGGAGAUCGGCAUGAAAACCCCUAUGGGGGUUCAAUAGGACCUCAAGGGGACGUUAGUGAUGAUCCCCGAUAUCGGAAUAGUUAUCAAGGUCACCCUGAUGACCCCUAUGCUGAUAGACCUGGUGAUGAUCCUGAUUUGAUUCGACGUAUGCAAGGGUUACCUCCCUUGAGGAAAGACCCGUUUGCCGAUGACCCGUUCCAGGAGACCCGGACCGGCAGUUAUCCUGGGCUACGACCGGGAGAGGAGGAUCCAUACAACCGCGGACCGUCUCCGUCACAAGGACCAGGACCCUCACCAUACGAGGACCGUGGACCCCCCUUCCGAGAUGAGUCUUACGAUGACCGUGACGUCGGGCAGCCACCGUACGACUCCAGCGCUCCUCCACACUACGACUACCACGACAGCCAGGAAUACCCAGACAAAACACCCCAACCUUAUUAUCCAGAAGAAGAUGUCCAGAGAACUGAGGCUCCUGUUGCUUCAGCUCCACCUGUGAAUGAUUAUAACUCUGAGGGGAGGAGAACUCCGCCCGAUAGUCGGCCUGGAUCAUUCCGGUGGCGCAACCCUGACCUUCAGGAAGUGAUCGACUACUUGGGUCACCGUGACAACGAUAUCAAAGUCCAUGCAGCUGCAUAUCUCCAGCAUCUCACCUUCAUGGAUGAUGGAAUCAAAGCAAAAACAAGAGGCCUUGAUGGAAUCCGUCCCCUGAUCCAGCUGCUGAGUAAUGAGUACCCCGAGGUCCACAAGGCAGCGUGUGGAGCGCUGCAGAACCUGUCCUAUGGCCGGACCAACGAUGAGAACAAGAAAGCAAUUCGGAAUGAAGGCGGCAUCCCAGAACUAAUUCGACUCCUGCGGAAGUCUCACGAAGAUGAUGUGCGGGAAUCUGUUACGGGUGUGUUGUGGAAUCUCUCAUCAUGUGAGGAUCUGAAGAAGCCAAUUAUAGAUGAUGGUUUGGCGGUACUUGUGAAUGUUGUGAUAAUCCCACACUCGGGGAUGGACCGGAUGGGGGCAACGCCGUACCGGGACCACGAGCCGUGGACCACAACGUUCAGGAACGCCACUGCAGUGUUUCGGAAUGUGAGCUCAGCCGGAUUCGAUGCGAGGAAGAAGAUCAGAGAGUGUCGUGGCCUUGUGAAGGCGCUGAUCCACACCCUGAAGAUCGCAACGGAAGGGGAUAUGGACAAUAAGCCCGUGGAGAAUGUUGUCUGUAUUCUCAGGAAUCUUUCAUACAGAAUCCAAGAAAUUGAAGAUCCCGACUUCUACAAGAAGAGGACGUUACCACGGAACCGAGGUCCACCAGAGAAAGGUGACAGUACGGGAUGUUUUGGUGGUGGAGGCAAGAACAAGAAAGGUGUACAAAAGAAGGGAGGAAAUGAACCCAACAGACCCAGCCCACAUUCCCUCAAGCUGCCACGGAGUACAAGGGGUUGUGGGGCGCCGACGUCGAGCGCCGACGUCGUCCACCUCUACUCGCUGCUGCUCAAGAGUGCAUCCAACCCUGUCACACUGGAGGCUGCUGCAGGCGCCAUACAGAAUCUGACUGCAUGCGAGUGGCAGCCAGCUAUUGACAUCCGAGCCCUCGUACGGAAGGAGAAGGGUCUUCCUAACCUUGUUGACUUGUUGACAUUUGAGAAUGACCGAGUGGUAUGUGCAGCUGCCACGGCCCUGCGGAAUCUGGCCAUUGAUGAACGCAACAAGGAACUAGUUGGUAAAUAUGCCAUGCAACAACUGGUGAGGAAACUUCCGGCACAUCGGACGAUGCCAGGUCCGGUGCCCCCGGACGACACAUUAUGUGCUGUCAUAGCAACGCUGUAUGAGGUCAUUAAGAAUAAUCAAGAUUUUGCACAGUCUCUGAUGACUGAGAACGGCAUUCCACGCCUCCUGAAUAUCACCAAGUCAGAAAACCAGUACCUUGCCCGCACGGUCAAAUACGCACACACGGUGAUGCGGACGAUGUGGGCGUUCCGGGCCCUGCAUCCGAGUACUCCCGGAUGGGGCUCACAGAGAAGGACUUCCUCAUGUUCACAGCUGCCUGCAGUGAUUGUUAAAAAUGUUAAACCAUGGAAUGUCAAAAGUACACUGGGGAAGGGAGUCUACUCAUAUAAGCCACUAGCGGAGGGCUCGAAGUACAGCAAUUUAAGCAGCAGUAUAAGUCCUGUUGCCAGUAACCACACGACUCCAUACAACACGCUAAACCGACCAAUCAGUGCUCAGGGUUACGAUGACAACACACUGUCUCCUGGACGACCGCUGCAGAAGCGUCCCAACAACAACUACGAUCACAGUCACAAUGAAGCUGAUGGCUACUUCUCAAUGAACCAGAGCCACUCGCAUCUCAAUGAUCAUGAUCGACACAACUAUUCCCAUGACAACAGUAGACCCGAUGACAUACCCAUGACCGACCUGGGCCCCGGCUAUGCCCCCCUGGAGGAGCCUCAGCCACAGCCACCCCACCACAGAAACAAGCCACCGGUCGGAGGGGUCCCCCUCUUCCCAAACAUGCAACAGGAGCCGGCAGACCAGUCAGGGGAGCCAUUGUAUGCAAAGGUGAACAAGAAGAGUCAGCGACGUAACGAUGAUUACGUCCACUCCAGUAAAGUCAUGCUAGAUGCCGGGGGAGGACCACAAGGUGGCGCUGACUCCUGGGUGUGAUCAUGUGGCCCCGUUGUUAUCACUUGGACUUGCCAUCUGUUAAGUCGUGUGUACUGAACCAAGGGAGAUAACCCUUGUACAGGGAAGCAACUCUUGCCCAAGGGAAGCAACAUAUAGCUGAGCUCUUAUGUCUGCAGAUAAAAGCUUGAAAAGUGAAAACAGGGGCAGGCAGUUACUGUGUACAUACCGCAGUGUUGUGUGGACGUCUGAUGACACAUCUGCAUAAACAACCUGGGUGUAAUAAUCACUGACUUGACACAUGGAAGGAUUAUAAGGAAUUACUUGCAUAAGCUUCUUCGUGAUAUAUUCUGUGGAUCUACUGAGGAAUGUGCUUGUGCCCAACCUGUCAUGGUUGUUUGUGAUUCUUUGAUCAUGGAAUCACUAAGAGACACGGGACUACGUGCCAGCUCCACACAGGUUGCCAGCUGACAUCAGUGUGCAGAGGAGUUGUGAUGUUCUCUCACCCCUUUCUGUUUUAAAGGAUGUGUGAUAGUACAGAAUAAUGUUAGCUGUAGUGCGAGAUAUUGUAUAUACAUGGAGCGCUGACAUUAACUGGUUGUACAGCUACUACUAAUGCCAGGUACGUCUGGCAAAGCAAGCGCUGAUGACAGACUUUGUGUAUGCACACAAUAAUAACCAUGGUAUAAAGUGCGUAUUCAACAAGGUGUACCAAAUUUGUCAAGUAAUAUUCAGUUAUUUUCUAAUUUCAUAUUCCAUAUUGCACACAGUAGGUGCCAAUGGAUGUGUGUACAUUUCAUGCAUGUUCAUGUCAGGAGUGAAUAAGUGUCAUUGUUUUAAAACACUGUAGCAUUACACGGACUGCAGACGUACACAGCAGAGGAUAUAUAUAUUUUUUCUAUGAAUCAAGUUGCUUUGUUUUUGUAGCUACUGCUAUCUCACAUAUCCAAGUCUGUCAUAGAACAUACAUAGUUAUCUCCCUUUGAGGGACUUUGAUUGCCAUGCAAAAUGUGUCCUGGUGGGGACUCUUCUAAUGCCACGUUGAAUGGAGUUGUCCCCCUUUCUGGAGCUCUUCUAAUUCCAUGUCUAUUGAGUUAUCACCCCAUGUGAUUAUUUAUGACUACGACCCAAAUGGUUUCUUCUGCUCUCUGUGGCCCCCCUGGGUCGGGUAGUGCUUGACUUCUGUCCUCAUAUCCUGCUAGCACUCCAGCUUGGUAGUUGAGUCGUUAGGAAAAUAUUCUAUUCUAUUGAUACCAUAAUCCCCACUUCUUAUCCUCCCUCUGUGGUCAUCGUACACCUGGACAGGGAUUCUUGGAUUGUAAUGUACAAGAUGAGGUAUGAUUCUGUAGCCAUCAGUAAACUGAUCAACAUCCCUGUGAUGUAACUGAAAUCGAGGCAGGACCCUGUCCCACUGUGCCAUCUUGGUGCAACUUCUGUAAAUCCCCUAACUUGGGGGGGAUUCACAUUCACAUUCUUGAAUAUACAAAGCUAUUUUCGAAUGAAUUCUGUUUAUGACAACACUAAAU